GUGUGGGUGCGCACCUUGGCUUGUAACCGCAUCUUCCAGAAUGUAUAAACUCUCAUACACCUAGUUCUUCUCUAAAUUAACCAAAACGUCGUCUAGACCGUCACAACGUGUGACUGAGGGGUCGGAACGCAUGCCAUAAGAGCUACCAGACUGUGUGGUCAGAAGUACUUUCAAGCUCUAGCGCUAUGGCACAGAUCUCCAGCGCGGCUGUAGCGGUUUUGGCUGUGAACCUUGUUUUAUUGUGCUUCGCCAGGACUGCACUUGGUCAACUCAGCUCACCCUCAGAAGCGGUUGGCCCCCAAGGACCUCGGGGUGACCCCGGCCCCUCCGGUCCGGAAGGUGGUGUCGGGCCCCCAGGCCCCCGCGGACCGAAGGGACUACCAGGGAACGACGGCGAACGUGGACCUGCUGGCCCACAAGGCACACCGGGAACCCCAGGCAGGGAUGGUCGGCCAGGUAUACCAGGGUUACAAGGAUCGCCGGGACCGCAAGGCAUCACUGGACCACCAGGAGAACCGGGUCCUGAGGGGAGCCCGGGGCCUCAAGGUUACAUGGGUCCACCAGGUGACAAAGGGGACGACGGAUACGAAGGUUUGAAGGGUUCACAAGGAAGUAUGGGUCCACAAGGUCCACAAGGGCCAGUUGGUCCCAUCGGGCCGCCUGGACCUAUGGGUCCAGCUGGUCCAGAGGGGCCUCGAGGAGAAACCGGUCCGGUUGGCCGGGUUGGGCUGAUUGGUAUACAGGGACCGCCUGGGCCUCCGGGUCUACCUGGAAUGCCCGGAUCGUUUGGACAGAAGGGCGACCGAGGUGAAGCUGGCCGGAAAGGUACAAAAGGCUCCAAAGGUCCGGUUGGAAGAGCUGGAAAACCUGGUCCUCCAGGGCAUCCCGGACCACAAGGCGACCCCGGUCACGACGGACGACCUGGUGCUCGAGGCGAACCCGGAGAGCGAGGGCCCCCCGGCCCUGCUGGAGCAGAUGGAAGACCAGGGGAGCGUGGUGCAAUGGGUCGCAUGGGAGCGCAGGGUACUAAAGGAGCACAGGGGGAACCUGGAUCGAUGGGCAACGUGGGCCCGGUGGGUGUAAUGGGAAUAAAGGGUGAAAAGGGACAAAUCGGACGACCAGGUAGCCAGGGAGAAAUGGGCAUCCGUGGCUUGCCUGGACCAAUGGGUCCAGUCGGUGUCAAGGGAGCACGAGGAGAAUUGGGACCGGCUGGCAGUCCUGGAAGCCCUGGUUUGGACGGUCAGCCAGGCACCGAUGGGCAACCAGGUGAAGCGGGGUCACCUGGAGAACAGGGUCUUACCGGACCACACGGUCCACCUGGGCGACCCGGUCUGGAUGGGAGUGCUGGACCGAGAGGAGACACUGGACAACCCGGUCUCAAUGGUCUGCCAGGCCUGAAGGGUGCCACCGGCCCACCUGGACAACCUGGCCUACCAGGAAUGCACGGAAGUGCAGGUAUCACUGGGCCAAUGGGACCCAUGGGACAAGUCGGGCCUAGAGGACCCAUGGGACCUCCUGGAACAGUUGGAGAGAAGGGAUCCAAAGGAAUCGCGGGAGAGAUUGGAUAUCCAGGUGAUAUGGGCGACGCUGGGGACGCUGGACCAGACGGAUCCGAUGGUCCCGAUGGCCCUGCCGGAGCGACAGGACCACCAGGACCUCCGGGAGCUAUUGGUGAUCAAGGUUUGGAGGGCCCACCAGGAAUCACUGGGCCACCUGGCCCCCCAGGAUAUGACGGUCCUCCGGGUCUGGAUGGUAAAGAUGGUGCACCUGGAAGGGACGGCAAGCCGGGGACACCAGGUGAACCAGGUAGCCCAGGGAAGCCCGGGUUACCAGGACGAAUUGGCCAACGUGGACUUCCUGGAGUGCAGGGACCGAGGGGAAUCAAAGGUGACACAGGAAUAAUGGGCCCACCAGGACUCUACGGUACAAUUGGAGCUGCUGGUACUCCUGGUGACCCAGGAAAGCAGGGGCGACCUGGCGGACCUGGAGAUCCUGGACACCCGGGAGCGACUGGUAGCAAAGGAAGGGCGGGCCUACGUGGUGCCCAAGGUAUUCGUGGACCACCGGGUAUUUCGGAAGUUGCAGCAGUAGAACAAGAAGUAAUCGUCGGUGGAACAGGCCUCGCUGGUCAGCGUGGGCCACCUGGUGCCCCCGGAGUGGCUGGGAUGCCGGGCGCCAAAGGCAAUCCUGGAGUCAAGGGCCCCACGGGAGAUCGUGGAGACCAAGGCGAGCAGGGUCCACCAGGAGCCCCAGGAGAACCUGGCACAGAUGGAGCACCCGGAGUAGACGGUGAAAACGGACCUGAUGGUGCACCAGGAGAAGAUGGUCCACCUGGACCACCGGGACCUGCUGGUGAUGCCGGUCCUAUGGGAGCCCAAGGCGCACCAGGAACUCCAGGCAGGAAAGGAUCCAUGGGAUUGACUGGACUUCGAGGCGAACCUGGUCGCAGAGGACCUCCGGGGCCAGCAGGUUUGAGUGGUGAUAUUGGUGAGCCCGGACCUAUGGGCCCACCUGGGAUGAAUGGCAACAUUGGCCGCAAAGGGCCCACUGGACAGAGAGGAGCUCCUGGUUUGCGAGGUAAAACAGGAUCGCCUGGGGAAGCCGGAAAACCUGGAGCAACAGGACCAACUGGUUAUCCAGGAUUCCUUGGACCUCCUGGAGAACCGGGUCCAGAGGGUGCACCAGGAAAUGAGGGCAGCGAAGGGCCCACUGGGGAACAAGGACCUCCGGGAAAAUACGGAGAGACGGGAGAAAUAGGGGACCCAGGACCACCAGGCCCACCCGGGCGACCCGGAUUACCUGGAAGACCUGGACCUCCUGGUCCUGUUGGAGCUACAGGUCCGCAGGGUUCUGUUGGGAAGCCAGGUGAACCCGGCGCAACCGGUCCAAUUGGAUUUCCUGGACCCCGUGGUCCUCGCGGAAGCCCCGGAAUGGCGGGCUCAAUGGGGGCCAAAGGAGAAGCAGGAAUUCCUGGGCCUCUGGGCCCUAAAGGAACCACAGGUCCCAGAGGAGAUGCUGGACAUCCCGGAAUACCGGGGAAAGAAGGCAGACCUGGCAAGCAAGGCGAUCCAGGUCCCAAAGGAGCUCCUGGUGGUCCAGGACUGAUGGGGCUCCCCGGACCUCCAGGAAUCGACGGACCACCUGGUCAUCCGGGAGAACAAGGACCGCGUGGAGCUCCAGGGCCAAUCGGUGAACGCGGGCCAAUGGGCGCACGAGGAAAACGUGGGGAUCGAGGCGAUCCGGGCGAAAUGGGCCCAAUGGGGUCACCGGGCCGCGACGGUGAUCCUGGUCCUCCUGGUUCUCAGGGCCCUAUUGGACCAAUGGGACCACCAGGACCACCAGGUCAAGUGAUGAGUAUGCAGGCUAGAGCUUCGAGGACCAAAGGUCGAAUGUUUAGUGACGAAAACAUUUUGAAACGCCUCUAUGGAACAACUGGUCAGCCGAUCCCUCAGGGAACACAAGAACAUCCAGCUCGAACAUGCGCCGAGAUGUUUGCAGCAUAUCCGAACAAACCCGAUGGUCAAUAUUGGAUCAAUCCCGGAGGGAAUCCACUGGACGGACCCAUCAAGGUCACGUGUCGGGCACGCAACCGAGGAACUUGCGUGCAACCGAAAAGAGCAACGGUAGAGCCACUUGACUGGAGCAAAGUUUCCACAGGAAAGCGCGUGUGGUUCCAGCACGUCAGUAAAUCUGGUGAGUUUGACUACGCAAUUGAUCCAGAACAGCUCAGUUAUCUAAAGUUGCUCAGUGACAAAGCCACACAGAAAAUUACGCUCAACUGUUCCGGGGAUCUGCAGUCGGUGACACCGAAAGAAGAGAAGAUACAAACGCCAAAAUUGACCCAGCUAUUGGCAGACGACGACAGCAUAUUGUCCUCCAAGCAUCGGAAAUCAAAGUUUUUCAUCGAAAGGGACACUUGUGGGUUGGUAAAUAACGGAGCAACUAUAGCUCUCGUCAACAGCCGACCCAAUUUACUACCCGUGAGAGAUAUCGAACUGGAGGUAAUACCCCGGAUCCAAGUCAGCGUGCAACUCGGGGAGGUGUGCUUUUCAAAAUAAAAUGAACGUCCUUCAAAGCGGAGCGAUGUAUGCGGGAGCGCUCACUGCAACACAAGAUUGAGUGCUAAAUCUAUGAUGUGUUGACUGACCACAUCGCGUUUUUAUGCUUCAUGAUGUACAGGACGACGAUUCCAAACCACGUGAAAUUUUAAGAAUAACAUAUUUCUGCUUU